GAUGCUCGUACUUCGCCAAUGCGGAGUUCCACCCUUGGUAAUGUACAAGCCAGGAACACCAAAUAAGCAGCUCGAAUGUCUCGCGAGUGUCAACAGCGUUAUACAGGCAGCUGAAAGGUAAAUCUAAACUGGGUUACAACUAUGGAUUAUCAGCCCUGCCAACAACCGAUUAAAACAUGGACCACCACAGCAGGACACCACAUCUCCAGAGCUGUAUCGCCAACUGCGGAUUUCCGGACCCCCCACCUUGGGCGCCCUGCAUAUCAAGCUGACUGCAGGACAUGGCAGUGCGACGACAAUGAUUCGCUCAUGCACAAAGGUGCCUCCAUAAAGCACCCCCCAUGUCCUCCCACCGGUUAUCGUCGCGCAAAACCCACCAUGCCUUCCCCAAGCCCUCGAUGGCUUCUCGCGCUCCUUGUCCCCGUACUUCCAGCCAUGUGGAUCAGAAAUGACACCAGCUUUCAGUCCACGCUUAGCAAGAAUGCAACACUCCUCCAUCCCAAUACGCCCGCCUUCGCCGCCGCGACCCAACGCUGGAGCGCCGUCGACGCGCCCUCGUAUAGCGUCAUCGUGCAAGUUGCGACCGAGGCCGAUGUGCAGAAGACCAUCAAGCACGCGAACCGCGCGAACAAGCCCUUCCUCGCCAUCUCCGGGGGCCAUGGACAGACUACUAGUGUUGGGGGCAUGCGGGACGGCAUUGGAAUCUCGCUCGCGCAGCUUGACCGCAUCUCCAUCGCCAUCGACGGUCACUCUGUUACCAUCGGCGGCGGCGUCCAGAACGACGACUUGAUCGCUGCGCUGGCGGCGCGCGGCAAGCAAACAGUAACCACAGGAUGCGAUUGCGUGGGAAUUAUUGCACCAGUGCUCGGCGGCGGGCACGGGUGGCUGCAGGGCCGGUACGGGCUUUUGGCAGACCAGCUGCUGGCGGCGCGGAUGGUGCUUGCGAACGGGACCGCGGUGAAUGUGUCGGAAGACGAAAAUCCGGACCUGCUCUGGGCGCUUCGGGGCGCGGGGCACAACUUCGGUGUCGUAACCAAGGCGCAGCUCAGGAUCUACGAUACCGGGCCUGAAGGCGGGGAGUGGACGGCCAGCGGCUUCGUCUUCACACAAGACAGGCUCGAGGCGCUGUUUGCCGUUGCGAACGGGCUUCUCGACGAUCCAAAGAGACCGGACACACUGACGUAUUACUUCGUCGCCAUGUUCGACCCCACUGUCGAUGAACACCACCCCAUCCUCACAGCCUGGGUGAUGUACGAAGGCCGCUCGAUCCCCGAUGCCUACACCGCCCCCCUGCACGCCCUCCACCCCAUCAGCGUAAAAACAACAACCUCCUCCCUCGCCAACCUCAACAUCCACCUAGGCGCAACCCGCGACGGACCCGCAUGCAGCAAAGGCUUCGCGCGCGCCCUCUCCCCCGUGUCGCUGCUCAAAUACAACAUCCCCGCCCUCCGCGCCGCAUUCACCAUCUUCGGCGCCCUACCCGCCGCCCUCCACGCCGGAUCCGUGUUCUUCUUCGAAUCGUACCCGACGGGCGCCGUCCGCGCGGUGCCCGAGAACAGCACCGCGUACCCGGACCGCGCGGGCGCGCUGCUGGUCUCGCCGCUGCUGGGCUAUGCGGUAGGCGAGGGAGCCGCGCAUGAGGAGCUUAAGGCCGUGGCGGCGCAGGCGAUGACGCGCAUCCGCGACGUCCUGGUCACGGGCAGCGGGGCGCCGCUGGUGGCGUAUGUGAACUACGCGCGCGGGGAUGAGAGUGUGGAGGAUGUGUAUGGGGCGGGGUGGCGGGUUGAGCGGCUGAGGGCGUUGAAGAGGGAGGUGGAUCCCGAGGGGAGGUUUGGGUGGUAUGCGCCGAUUUCUUGAUGCUGGGGUAGGGGAGUGGUGUGUUGGCGGGGUGGGGGCGAGACUGGAUCGAGUGGGUUCUACGGGCUGCGCAACCCAGGGUACUUGAUAGAAGCGAGACACGGUGUACAUAAGAUGUCGAUGCUCAACCUUCAAUCAUUUCCAUGGGCCCACAAUACUGUCCCUACCGAUCAGCCUGUCAAGAGCUAACAAAACGUCUAAGAACUAUUAGGGCAUCGGUCGACCUGAGCGCUGUGGAUGUGUAUAUGCUCUGGUUUGGUGUGGCGUUGAGC